AUGAAUGAUCCAUAUGGUGUUUUUAUCAAUUCACGAUCAUCUACUUCAUUGAAUCGUUACAAUGAACGAAAACGUGGUCGAAAUGAACGAAAACGUGAUGAAUUACUGAUGAAUUUAAGUUCAGAAAGUGAUGAUGAGUUUUAUGAUUAUCCUAAAGAUACGGCGAUGGAAAGUGUUUCUGAUCUUACCUCCGAUAGUGACUUUUGUCAACCAAUACCGGUUGUUCGAGGCGCUAACCGCAAUUGGAUAAAUAAGCCUACAAUGAGAACACGAAGAAGCCAAGUACCUUGUGGAAUUGGAGCUCGCGCACGAACACGUUAUGGGUCACUGCCAAUGAUAACACCGAUUGAUCAUUCAUCGUCCUAUGAAACUGAAACAACAAAUGAGGAUGAUGAUUCUGAAUUUAGCGACCGAAGGCAUCGUUCUCCUCCUCCCUCAUUACUUCGAGGUUUAAGCAUGAUUGAGGAACUAUCACCAAUCAAUGAUGCAUCUGAUGAAAUCCCGAAAGUACCCUCAUUGCAACUGACUAGGAAUUGGCAUCCAUUAGCUACGUCAACAGCAACUUCUAUUGGUUUACCAAAAACAAAUCCUCAUCAUUUGAAGACUAUAUCAACAUCAACUCCUGCAACAUCAGUGUCACCAAGUAGACGUUGUCGGAAUUCUGUUCUCAGCGCGUUUAAUAAUAUAAUGUAUGAUACAUUGGAGAGACCUGCAAGUUUUUUUGAAGAGCAAACUCCUCGAAAGGAUUGGAGUCGACCACAGUCAGAAGUUCUUUCUAAUGGUUGCUUGUCGAGUAUAAAUUGGAAAUCAGAUCAUUUUGGACUACCAACGCCGUUUGCUCGUAGAAUUGGUUGCAAAGGUAAACUGGAAUUGACGAUGUCAAUUUCUGGAUGUUAUUUAACUGUUAGUGUUGUACGAGCAGUAUAUUUUCUGGAUCCUGCAAUUUCGCAAGCCUCUUCAUAUGUUCGGAUUGAAAUAAGACCCAAUCCGGUAUACAAUAAACGGAUACGAUCAAGUUCGGAGGAUCGUUUUAGUCAUAAUGCUCAAGAAAAAAGCUUUCGUACUCGUCUUGUACUUCUCAGCAAUCGUCCUCAAUUUCAUGAGAAUUUUACAUUUCAGUUACGGCGAAAUCAUUAUCGUCAUCAUGAUUUAUUAAGCGUUAGUGUAUGGAUUACCAAUGCGGGAAAUUCAGUGCGGAAACAAAUGCUCGGUUGUAUGGCCUUUCCAAUACGACGACUGAUUCGAAAAGCUAAUUUAAUGACUGAAUGUGGAUUCGAUGAAAAUUUGCAAACAUAUGAACGAACUGUGAUUAAUGAUGGUGAUUUUUUCCUGCUUCGACCUGAACUUGGUGAACGACAAAAUUUUCCUGAAAAUAAGAUAAAUGUGAAGAAGUAUUAUGACGAUAUUGGCGUAAGUAGUAGCAGUUCAGUUGCUUCACAUUCACCACGUAAAAUAAUGCGUAAUUCGGAUUGGAAUAGUCGUAAUUCACAAACACGUCGUCAUCAUCAUCAUCAUCAUCAUCAUCACAAUCAAACAACAUCUUUAUCGCCAUCAUCAAAUGGUCAUGCGACUUCAUUAUUAUCAACUAAACAUCAGUGCAGCAAACCGGGCUGGGCAUAUGAUGUUGAACCAUGUGGCACGAGGUGUUCGAGAAGUGAUGAAGAUGCUGGUAUCACUAAUUUGCAUAUGAAGGGCAAAACAUCACUUGCAGCAACCAAAAUACCAAUUAGUAUUCGACGGAAUGACUUAGAUUAUACAGCUGGAAGUUCAAGUAUUACAUCCAGUACAACAAUUAGUGAAAAUUUACAUCAAAAACUAAUUGGUGUACCGUUCAUCACUACUACAAGUGAUUUAACAUCAGAUGGAUCCAGUGUCGCAGAUUUGAAGCAAUCUAUUAACGCUUCUACAAAUUUUCAGUAUCUAUGCGCAAAUGAGACAGAAAAAACUUCCGAGGAUUCUAUAAAUUCUGUAAGGCGGACAGCAUCAUUCACCUUUAGUCCCAAAGGAUGUUUAGAUAAAGUAAAUCAACGAUUACAAGUGCAUGAUAUCGAACCGAAGAGAAGAUUUAGUAGAUUUGCAAAAACGUUGGAUUUCAUUAAGAGUAAAAUGGACUCAUGUAGUACAUCAACAUUGUAUCCAUCCAAGGAAGAAAUCAUGCAAUGGCAGGAGUCAUUCGAACGUUUACUAAAUCAUAAAUAUGGUUGUCUGUUGUUUCGGACAUUUUUAAAAGGAGAAUUCAGCGAUGAAAAUGUUGAUUUUUGGAUUGAAUGUGAAGAAUUUCGAAAGAUGAAAGAAGGAAAGAAGUCAACAAUUCAAAAAGCGCAUUCUAUAUACAAUAAAUAUAUUGCUGAACAAUCACCAAAAGAGGUUAAUUUAGACAGUGAUACACGUGCAGCAACAAAAGCAGCUCUGGAAAAUGGUGCUAAACCAAAUAUGUUUUCGUUAGCGCAAACCAGAAUUGAGCAGUUAAUGGCAAAAGAUAGUUAUAGGCGAUUUUUGAAAUCAAAAUUAUUCCUGGAUCUAUUAACAAAUGAUUCAAGUACUUCAAAUACCAAUAAAACGUUGCAGAAAGAAAAUGAACAUGAACGUCAAUCAAGGUUACCAGAAACCUCGAAAACGACCAAUUCUGCCUAUACUGCAGGAAAUUCGAGAAACUCUUAA